CUGAGAAGCAGGUCAGUCAGGUUCUCAGGUGCUCCAUUACACAAGCGAAAUACUGCCCCACCUAAUUGGGUUUCUCUAGCGUAAUCCGGCUCCGUGGUACAUUGUCACGCUUACCUCAUCUGGCUCCCUACCUCACACCAGACGAACUCCUGGCAGGCAGCUGCAGUACCUUCAGCACCUGUGUGCCGAUAUUCUAGCACCAUAAGGAUUUUCACAUAAACAGAACUAUUUAUAAUGGUGACUUUCACCAGAACGCGUUUUACUUUAAUUUUUGUUGGUUUACUCUUACCUAGUUGUGAUGGAAAUAAUGAUAUGGGAAGAGAUAUAGAAGGUAAUCCACCUAUGCACACAGAUUCACUGCCUACUUCGGUGAACACAAAGGAAUCCCACAAAACCAGUAAGAGUAUAAACUUAAGAAAAUACACCGUGAAUACCAGUGGCUAUGAUGUCCCUUCUACGGCACCACCAAAUGGUAUAAAGCACACGCCACACUUGCCUAGUGAUCUGGAAACCGACAACACAUCUUGGACCACUUUCAACACUAGCCCGUCAGAUCCACUGGGCUCUACCACAGUCGGCAGCCUUUCCUCAGAACCGACCGUGAAUACCACCACUGCUCCUGGAGAACUUACAACAAUCAAAGCACAUGACAAUUGGAUAACCUCUGUGCCUGCAGGAAAUUUUACUUCAUCACCAAACCCUUUCACUGACAACUUCACAUCAACUCCCUCUCAGAACAGUUCCAUCUUAGUGAGCACUCAAUUUCCUUCAGUAGUUACAGCAACUGACAGUACGCUAAGUGAGUCAACAACUGCCAUCAAUAACUCAACCGCAUUUAAUGGGAGUCUAGAGACAACAACUCUACAGCCAGGUCUGAAUUUCACCAACAGUUCCAAAACCCAGUCAAAUACCUCAGAUUCUGGAAGAGGCACUAGGAACUCAGGAGUAGUGUUUGGGGCAAUUUUAGGUGCCACUCUGGGUGCUUCGUUGCUUACUCUUAUUGGGUAUUUGAUAUGCGGGAGGAAGAAACCAGAUUCCUUUUCCCAUCGGCGACUUUACGAUGAUCGGAAUGAGCCAGUCCUUCGAUUAGAUAAUACAUCAGAACCUUAUGACAUGAACUUUGGAGAAUCCAGUUACUACAAUCCUGCUGUAACAGAUGAUGCCGGAGUCUAUGCCAGGCCGGGAAGUGCACGUGAUGGUAUCCCAAUGGGAGACAUUCCUCCAUUGCGCCCCACAGUAUAAAUCCUCUCAGCGGCUUCAGAUUGCAAGCUAUUGCCCUUUGUGCCUUACUUGUUUCAAAUACAUCUCAUAGGAAAUGUACCAUGUUCAUCACACAACAUUCCAAGGAUUUAAAAAUUAUAAGGCAGCGGGUUAACAAAAAGAAGGUAAAUUACAUAGGAGAAUCACCUUGUAACAAUGCAUUGCUGUUCUGGGUUGUUGCUCUCUUUCUCAACCUCUAAUUAAAAUCAGUUCAGUACUCCUUAGAAGGCUUAGAUGAUUGAGAAAAAUAGAGCCAGAGGACUCCACAAUGGCAGGAUACUAUCCUAAUUCAUCAAAGCCGGAGCCCAUUUAAUAACAAUAUGCAACCAAAACAAGAUUCUCAUCUUAUUAUGAAGAGAUGGUGCUUCAGCUAAAAGCAAUGACAUGACUGCUGUUUUCCCUCUCUCUCUCCCUCAGUCCUUCUCUCUCCAAGCCCCCAGAGUUUCCACACUAAACUGACAGGUUGGCAGUCUCUUUAAUGAAAGUGGGAAGGGUUCAGUUUCAAUAUGUUAUUUACAACUUGUAGUAGCUUUCCAGACUAUUCGGUAGGACUUCCAAAGAAAGAUAAUUCAAUGUGAUGUUCCAGAUUAUAGGAAAGAAAGUCCACCCAAAUGGGGUUAUUUGAAUUCCACCCCAUUUCUGGCCUGCAUCAACUGACCCACUCACUACCUGGCAAUCAUUGUGGAAAUACAGUAGAAUAAAUAAUAUCCCCUAGGAACAAUAUUUUCUCUGAAAAAAUUAAAAAGGAGACCAGACACAAGCCUGGAUCAAAGUGACUUUUUUUUCCCAGCAAGACUUUAGAUUGACUGAAGAUAAGCCAAAGCAAUUGCUUAUUUGUACCUUUUAAGUUUCCUAGGAUAUCAAAGGACUAAAAUCCAAUAGAACAUGCUUGUCAAGCUAUAGAGGAUUUAAUAGAUGCAAAACACCUGUUAUUCUUCGGUGGCUCUUUACUCUUAACCUGGAAAGACUGGAUAAAAUGAUGAUUAAAAGAAAAUCAAACCAUGGAGGUGUUUGCCAACUGAAAAAAUCACAUUCCUUUGAAGCAGGAUGGAGCCUUGGAAAAUAGAUGAACUGUACCAUCUUUCAUUUUUUCAGAACCACCUGGGAAUCUGGGAGAAAUCCAUGCCAGAACUUUAACACACUACAGGGAUAGAAUAGGUAUGAAACUUCUAACGCAGUGACAUCUGCUGAAGAGAGAGCAAAUGUUUGGAGAGGACAAGGUUCAGGCUGUAAAUGGAGGAGAAUUCCAUGAAUGUUACUGAAGAUUAUAUCCUGUUAUUUUAAAAAAGUGACACCCUUUAAUUUCAAUGGGAAAAGAAAAUCAGAGGACCAGUGGAACUUACCCCAUAUUGCCAUGAAAAUUGCAAAGAAGACAGUUCCUCCAUUAUCAAACAAAUGAGUAACCUUAAAAGAAAAGAAACUGGAUUACUGGUAUGCUUAGAAGCAAUGAGAGCAUUCCAAAUGAUGUCUAGAAUGACGUCGUGACAUCCCAGAAGUGGAGACACCCUUGUUAUGUUGAUGAAUCAAUGUUCGAAGCUGCAGUAUGAGACCCAAUUCCCCAACUAGUUGGGAAAUGACUCAGAGUUUCCAAGCCAGCUGUCAUGGAUAUGGUUGAAGCAGAAAAACUGGCUGGCAAUACUUGCAGAAGUCUAAGGAAACAAUACAAAUUCUUGAGGCUGAAAUGAGGCCACAGCAUAUAUAAUACUACUACUAAUAAUAAUAAUGAUGGUGGUAUUUGUCAAGUGCUUACCAUGUGCCAGGCACUGUAUUA